AUGCACCUAACUGACUUAAAAACAGAAUUCAGCAGAUACUUCCCAGAUAUAGAUGAAAAAUGUGAAGCUUGGAAAUUCAUCAGGAACCCAUUUCAAUGUGAAGUGACUGAUGUUUUGGAUGAAGUGCAAGAGGAGUUUCUUGAGCUGAAGUUCAACUCCCCAGCUAAGGAAGACUUCAAAGAACUGGAUCUUGAAAUAUUCUGGAUCAAGUACUUUCAUGUUUACCCUCUGAUCUCACAUCAAGCUCUUUGGAUUUUAGCUAUGUGUUUGGAUCCACAUCUUUAUGAAGCUGCAUUUUCCAUGCUCGUUGCUGUCAAGAACAAGUGCAGAAACAGGCCAAACGUUGAAAGGGACUUACGUUGUGCACUCUCUGGAAUUCAACCAUGCAUUCAAGAUUUUAUAGCUAAGAAGUAG